AUGGGUAUGUGUUAUGUGAACAACAAACCUUUAUGUGUUGUAGUUGAUUGUGGAGUUACUCAUUCUUUUAUCUCCACCGAGUGUGUUUACCGACUUGGUUUGGAAGUUAUUCCAUUACCCGACCCUAUGGUCAUUUCAUCGGCAACAGAUGAUACAGUGAAAGCCCGACUAAUUUGUAAAGAUUGCUCAGUGUCUUUUAAUGGUCGUGACUUCCCAAUCGAUCUAAUUUGUUUACCCCUCAAGAGACUAGAUGUCAUUCUUGGAAUGGAUUGGUUGUCUCUUAAUUCAGUGUAUAUCGGUUGCAAGGAGAAGGCAAUAUUCAUUCCUACAGAAGAGACUACUUCCGAUGAUUCGAUUACCAAGUUGAUUGAAGGUACGUUUGAGGUGAUUUUCAUUGAUGAUAUCUUGGUGUACUCUCGGACUUCCGAAGAGCAUGAGGAGCAUUUGCGGAUUGUGUUGAGUACACUUCGAGAAAAGCAGUUGUACGCAAAGUUCAGUAAGUGUGAGUUUUGGCUAUCUGAAGUGAGUUUCCUUGGUCACGUCAUCUCUGGUGGAGGCGUGGCAGUAGACCCUUCUAAGGUGGAAGCAGUGGUGAAUUGGGAUCAACCGAAGAGUGUGACAGAAGUCUGA